UUGUUCGUCUGUCAUUCAUACAGUGAUCAGCAGCUCGCGCCCGAUCCGCCCUGAACAGUGCACGUAAUCAUCGAUUGACCGAGAUCCUUCACCGCGAGGUCGUCUGAACUCCACACAGGACACAGAGACGGCUCCACAAUGCGUCCUCUGCUCGCCUGCCUGCCUCUGGCAUUGCUAUUUAUAGUUCCUACAAAUGCAGACAAGACGGCGCCAACCGAAGCAGAGAUCGUGGUCGUGGUGCCAGAGGGGGCUCCGCUCGAGCUCGCCUGCGUCCUACGGGUGGAGCAGCGGGCGGAGUGGAGACGGGAGGGGAGCGCUAAGCUUCCAGACGAGCUGAAAGUCGCUGGAGAGAGCACCGGAGCUGGAGGACUGACUGCGAGGCUCCGGGCUCAGUAUGCCCGUCCGGGCCUCGCCGGGGUGUACUCCUGUGCGCGCGGGCCGCAAGCGCAGCGCCUGCGGGUCGUCGUCGAGCCCCGGCCCGCCACGAUAGCCGCCGGUACCGCAUGCGGCUUCGCUUCGCUCGUUGUCGUAGUUCGAGUAGUUCAUUUUGUCGAAGCACUUUUUUUCGUCUUACUUUUCUCUCAUCGUGAGAAUAUUAAAAAGCGUGAGUCGACCGAACCGGCGACAACCAUGGCAACGCCAACCGUCCCGCUGCUGAAGCAGAGCGACGUGCUGCCCGUGAAGGCCGAGAGCGGCGGCCCCCCGCCCGGCACCGUGCAGUACUACGACAUCGGACGGAACACGUCCAUGACGUGCUCGAUCCCGGUCGUCAACGGACAGCAGAUCGUCUGCAGAUCGUCUGGUAACUAUCCUAUAUAUAACUCUAGCAUGAGGUCCCAAUACAGUGUUGUCUCUGUCUCUCUUUACUAUAUAAGAAUAAGAGUAGCAACGCCGGCCGUCCCGCUGCUGAAGCAGAGCGACGUGCUGCCCGUGAAGGCCGAGAGCGGCGGCCCCCCGCCCGGCACCGUGCAGUACUACGACAUCGGACGGAACACGUCCAUGACGUGCUCGAUCCCGGUCGUCAACGGACAGCAGAUCGUCUGGGAGAAAAACAACACCGAACUCUCAAAAGUCAAAGAAAUCACAAACCGGUACAAGCUGGAGAGCGACAACGCCAGGCUGGUGAUCGCGCGCUCCAGCGAGGACGACUACGGCAACUACUCGUGCAAGUCCGGCGGCGAGCAGCUGUACUGGCAACUCAGGGCCCGCCCGUACACUAAGCUACCGAGCACCGACUCCAGCGUGGUCGAAGGGCAGAAGUUGAAGCUUGUAUGCAAGAUGAUUGGGAAGCCGACGCUGCCUGUUAAGUGGUUCUAUAAUGAUGAUCAUACGUCGUAUGAUGAGGAUGUUGUUAAAGAUUUGGAGUUGGGUGAUGAGUUGGAGCAAGGCGGCCGCAUCAAGUUCGAAAACAGCGACGCUGGCAUCGAGAACGGUCAGCUGGUGAUCGAGUCGGCCGAGCGAUCUGACGCCGGCGCGUACGCCUGCAUCCCGGACUUUAGCGAGACUGGCAAUCAGACCCAGUCUCCCCAUCUACCUGCUGUUACCGUGCUGAGGGUCAAGGACAUGUACGCCGCCCUCUGGCCGUUCCUGGGCAUCUGCGCCGAGGUGCUGAUCCUGUGCACCAUCAUCCUGGUCUACGAGAAGCGACGCACCAAGCCCGAGCUGGACGACUCCGACACCGAUAAUCACGACCAGAAGAAGUCGUAAGCGGUGCCGCGGGGUGUUGUUGUGUUUUAGAGAUACGAGAUUUUUUUAUUAUUUUCGCAAUCUAACCCAAAGUUGUUAUUUAAUUAGAAUAAAGUGCAAUUACAUCUGACCAACAUGGCGCCUUACCUUUGCCGAAAAAAAGUUGUUGAAUUUAUUUAUUCAAAACUUUUUCAAAUUGUCUAUGGAAUGUACUGUGAACUGAAAAAAAAAGUGUGUGCGUUUAAUCUUUACGCGCGAUUCAUGGUGACUAUAUAAAGGAGCCAAAUCUCUAUGUAUGAAAAGUGUCCAUCAAAAAACAGUAAUUAGGCGGCGCCACCAUACACCGAAAUACUACCAAAAACAACCUACGUAAUUUGGUCGGGUUAUUUGUUGCCUUAUAUGGUUCAUGUUAUACUCAUGUCCCAGAGCCUGACUAGCGCCACCGGAGAGAUUAGGAACUAUUAUUUAAAGCUGAAAGCGGUCACUUUUGCAACAUUUCUGCCGUAAGAGAUUGGCAUCCUUUCUAUACCAUCCAUAGCGCGAUUGAAGUAAAACUUCUUUGACGAUGACGUUUAUCGCUAUGUUGGCACUUUGGCGUGUGUCCUAUUGUGCGUGUGUCACUACUGAGCGUUACUUCCGUCAGAAAAAAAAUCUGAGUUACCCUCUAGUCGCGCCUAAAGAAGUUUUACUUCAAUAAGUAUAAAAUUAAUUUAACCCGACGUAAGACUGGUUUUAGUCUAAUAACUGUAAAAACUCGUGUAAAUAUUGUACUAAAUUAGUAUGAUAUUAAAUUAAUUUAUUAAAUGUACUUAAAAGACAUUAUCGGUGUGUAGAGAUGAAUAUAAUCAAUAAAAAGUGGCGAGGCGCUUGAAUAUACGUGAAAAUAUCGCAAGAACAGUCGUGAAACAUUGUGGAAAUAUCUUGGAAAAUAAUUAAUCGGUCAAACAGUUCAUUCCAUAGACGCGGCAGAUACACAGACCAGAUAGAUGCUGCAAAAUAGUAUAAAUAUCUAUACACUUUUAUUACGAAAGUAUAAAGCACAAUGUAUACAUAUUUAUCUAGCAUUUGUGACACAUUGAAACUAUUAAAUUUAAUCUUAAGUCCUAGUUUAGAUAUAAAAUUACGAACAAAAAACUUCAACGCAUUUGAAAUGCGGCGUCUAUAUUUUGUCUGUGGUAGAUAAUGCACAUUUUGUAAUAUAAUGUUCAUAUUCACCUUCGUUUUCUUUGCGUUCUCAUUAAAUUAUGGCUUUUUCGUUGACCUAAGUGUAUCAUAACUAAAUAAAUACUAAUGUGGUACCAAGUGCUGCCGAGGGUAUGUUUACUGCCGCGAAAUAUAAUUAGACACUUAGAUGAAUACCUACAAUUGAAUAAAAGAUUAUGUUACUUA